AUGGAAUCAUUCAGCAAUUAUUCUUCUACGCCUACUCUAGAUUCCUCAACCAGCUUACGGUUUCCCGCACCCGAUGCAGACGUCAGAGUUAGUACUUGGGUUCAAAGUUUAACUACAAAGGCAAUAGCUUCUAGCGACUAUCCGGCCGAAGAUGGUACACUAGGCGACUCAUCCUACGAGUUUGUAGAUACAGACGAGGAGAGUCGAGAUGAUAAUGCAACCGAAUCAAUAGCUUCGACAGAUUUUGGUCGACCUGAUGAUAUCACAUCCCUGGCGGGCACAGAAUGUAGUGGUGUGGAUAGCGAAGAGGAAGCUCCUCACGAAGAAAAUUGUUCAAUCCUUUUAAAUAAGACGGUGGAUGAAGCUUUCAACACUCCUACACUUGGGCAAAGCUCUCAUGGCGUUGUGGAUAAGGUGAAUCGGGUACUCCCUCAGCCAAUUGAAUUCGAUGAGCCGCUCGCAACCAAUCCCCAAGCUAUUUGCGUUAAACAUACUGUAGCUGAUUUGAAUGAAGAUCAAACUGUAAUAGCUUUGCGAGGAGCCUUGAUUGAAAACGGUCCAAAGAAAAUUACGGUCACAAUCCGUCAAACUAUGACCAAGAGAGGUUUAAGCACAAAAGUACCUUUAAGAAUUCUUUACAUCGGAAGCCACUCUGCUAUGCAAGAAAUCAUACAUAAAAUCGCCAGUUCUGUUACAGCAGUAAUCGAUAGUAAAGCUCGAGCUCAAAAUUUUCAAUCUACAACUUCCCAACUCUACAAUGUCGUUCCUAUAUCUGCUUUUGGGUCGGAAAAAACACCCGAAAUUGAGCUCAUGCACUCCAGUGGAUACCAAAUAAAGGUUGAAAACUGUCGUCUAGCACAAAGUUUUAAGCAUGAUGACUCCUUUGGGAAACCAGAGGAUAUAAAACUAUUUUUAGAUGACCAGUUCGUCUGCCAAUCCAUACAAUCUGAUGAUGGAAGCUUUACUGUUCAUCCUCACUGGGAGCUGCCACAUGUCGCUAUUUUUUAUUGUUCUGAAAAUGAAAGUGCCGAGAAGAAGCGCACAAGAUUAAUAGCCAGAAAGUUUAUGAAUCGCCAUCAUAUACCCUCAAUUAUCAUCACACACAAGCAAAUUUUUGACCGUACUCGAUGUUUCUCUCUAGAUCCACAUUCGAUUCAUAUGUGUUUAGAAUCAAAAGAUUCCACAAAAAGUGGUUCAAUAAUUCAUCAGAGACUACCUAUUGAUUUGGUAUCAUUUUUAAAUAUUGAUGCGCGGCAAAUGAAUAGAAAUUUGGCAUACAUUACAGGUCUUUAUGAUCCUCUUGACAACCCUGACUCAACCAUACCUCCGAUAAAAUCUAAUCUAUACGCAGCCAGAGAUAAUUCUGCUUCUAGGGACGAUUCGUCGAUACUUAGAGAGAAAUUUAAAUCAGAUAGAAAAAACUUCCUUUCUCGAAUCAAUGCAAUAUUAAUUGGAGUAUCUUUUUUGAGCCUUGCUACUGUGAUUCUAUUAAUAGCUACACUAAAUUACAGAAAUACCCAAUUUCCGACAAUCUCAAUUAAUAGUAGGACACUAUCACUUUCCUCACUCCUACGAUCCUCAAAUGGACCAAAUUACUGGACCCCCAUCGCAUCUAUUAUCCCACCUAAUCCAAUAUAUAAAGCAUCCCAAAAGUCUAAUAACGAAAUGGAAAAUAAGUCUUUUGGAUCAAAAAUACAAAAAUUGAUUUACAGGAGACAAUCUUCACAAAAGAAAUUCUGCCUAGAUACCUCGACACAAUCGAAAUCACCUGUCUGCACAGCCGAAGUAUAUGGAGACAAAGAGAUAUUGAUUCGUAUCCCCUCUCAAUCUAAGCGAGGCAUACUCAACAAAGAAGCUAUAUCUGUGAAAAUUACCCGAGAUGGGUCAAUUGUCGAAACAGAACAGGCAUACAGUUCAGAAGAAGGUGUAGUAUUAUUACUUUCAGAGAAGGAAGCUUUUGGAGUUAUUAAAGUCAUUAUAAAGACUUCAGAUAGACCUAAACUCGAGCAAUCAUUCCUACUUGAUUUUCGAUCCUACACACAACUCUUCGGGAGGGGAUUCAAGGCCAGAUUAUAUAAGUUCUUGUCUGGUUCUUCGUGGAUUGGUAGAGAUUUAUUUCACGACUUCUAUCGAGAGAUAAAUCAAAUACUGCGCAAUACAUCGAAUAAAUUCCGGUGCCUCUUUCGUUCGAGAAAUCAGGGAAACGAAUUUAGUGUUACAGAGAGCUAUAUCAAACGUACAUUUUCUUAUUUUGCUAAAAAAUCAAAUUCAGUUGGAAAGUGCCGGAAAUAUAGGCUAUUGCCUAGGGUGGUUAGGAAACUACUUUGGCGGAUAAAAUUGUUUAAUAGACGAAUUUUGAUGGCCCCAGGUUUAAGAAAGCCGCUAGACAGAAAUAUUCUGUCUGCACAGGUGCGAAGUAAGGUUUUGUGGUUAAAUUUACAAGGAAAAAGCAAGGAGGCGUCGCAGUACAGAGAGAAAGCCGCUUCUGCGCUACGAUAUGGUCUGGCAAAUGAUCAUUGA